CCCUCCUCCUGAUUUCAAGGCGCAUAGAGGAGGAAGCGGCUGCAAAGAGUCUUCGUUCUCGCAGAGAUAGAAGGAAAAGAGUGAGAAUGGCCAAAACAACCGCCAGUGAUGCUCAAGCGCUCAUUCGUUCUCUUCGUUCUGCUUAUGCUUCUACCCCAACGAAUCUCAAAAUUAUUGAUCUCUAUGUUGUUUUUGCAGUCCUCACAGCUAUCAUUCAGGUAGCUUACAUGGGUAUAGUUGGAUCAUUUCCUUUCAACUCAUUUCUCUCUGGAGUGCUUUCCUGUGUAGGCACAGCGGUUCUUGCAGUUUGUCUCCGCAUUCAAGUCAACAAAGACAACAAGGAAUUCAAGGAUUUACCUCCGGAACGUGCUUUUGCUGACUUUGUUCUUUGCAACCUUGUGCUUCAUCUUGUGAUCAUGAACUUCCUUGGCUAGAUAAAACUGUUGGAUUGGGUAAUGACAUCUCAUUUUUGGAGUGGUUAUCAUCGAAGAACGUUCAGAGUUUUCUCCUAUUAAAGAUUAUCCGUCUUACAUUAUGUAGUGGCACAGUUUGAAUUUUCUACUUGCAUUUAUUUGGAAGACUUUGAAAGAUAUUUAUGUUAUGGUAUUAUGUAAAUUUUCUGCCCAAAUAUUAUUUCCUGUUAAGUA